AUGUUCCCCCAGUUAUAUCGACUAUUAGCAAAAUCAACAAUGUCGAAUGUGUCAGCCAAAAAAGCAAUAAUCAGUAUUGUUGGAACCACAGGUGUUGGUAAAUCUCAAUUCAGCAUCGAUUUAGCACGAGCCAUAGGUGGUGAAAUUAUCAAUGCUGACUCAAUGCAAGUCUAUCAAAAACUAGAUCAAAUAACCAAUAAACAUCCACUAGAUGAAAGAAUGGGAGUUCCUCAUCAUGUCAUUGAUUACGUACCAUGGGAUGAAGAUUAUCAUAUACAUAAAUUCAAUCAAGAUGCUCAACUGAUUAUUGAUGAGAUACACAACCGAGGUAGAAUCCCCAUUGUAGUUGGUGGAACCCAUUACUACUUACAGACUUUAUUAUUCAACAAUAAAACAAUCGACGACUCGAAAUCCAAUUUGAAAGAGUUGACGGGAAAACAAUUGGAAAUCUUAGAUGGUCCUGUUGACAUUCUAUUUCGAACUUUGCAAGAAGUAGAUCCAAUAAUAGCAAAAAAAUUCCACCCGCAAGAUCAUCGAAAACUACGUCGAGCUUUGGAAAUAUACUACACGAAAGGUGAAAAGGCAUCAGAAAUUUAUCAUGAACAAAAGCUUGAUGAAUUAGAUUCUAGUUCCAUGAAGUAUAAUACAUUGUUUUUUUGGGUAUAUUGUGAUCCAGAAAUACUUAAUGACCGAUUAGAUAAACGAGUUGAUAAAAUGAUGGAAAAUGGGGCCAUAGAAGAAAUCAAGGAAAUGUAUGAUUUUUAUAAAUCCAAACAGGAGCAGAAUCUCACGUGUACUUCGGGGAUCUGGCAAGUGAUUGGAUUUAAGGAGUUUUUGCUUUGGUUGGAAAGUAAUCAACAGAAUGCCAAGCUAUUUGAACAUGGUAUCGAACGAAUGAAAAUUCGAACUAGACAAUAUGCAAGAUACCAAGUUAAAUGGAUCAAGAAAUCGUUAUUGACAGAAUUAGAAAAGGAAUCAAAAUUUGAUUUCGUAAAUGGUGGGAAAUUGUAUAUAUUAGAUGCCACAAAUUUAGACAAGUGGCAUGAAAAUGUGGAUGAAAUAGGAAUCCAAAUCGCUAAGGAUUUUUUGUCAAAGGGGGCAAAUGGAGUUUUACUACCACAAGCUCCAGAAGAAUUGAGGCAUUUUUUUGAAGCACCUAAUGAAAUAAAGUCUAAUCGAAAACUUGAGUCCCAAGAAAACUGGAAGCAUUUUGUUUGUAACAUUUGUAAAGACAAACAAGGCAAUCCUUUAGUUGCAGUGGGUGAAGAUAGCUGGAAUGUGCAUAUAAAUAGUAGACGCCAUAAGAAGCAUGAAGAGUCUAUCAAAAAGAGAAAACAUAACGAAGAGAUGAUUAGGUUGAAGAAAAUAAAAUCAAAUCAAGAAGUGGGAUUGACGGAGCAAAGCACUUUUUAA